AGAAUGACGCUUCGACCGUAUCCUGAUUACUUGAUGGAACCCAAGAUGCCAGAGGGAUACUUCUCUACGUUUUUCCAAGACAUGAGAUGUUCAUGUGGCACCUGGAUAACAAUGAUAAAGUGGCCAUAUACACCAACAGAAUUGCGGCUCUAUCCAUACUACGCUUCGAACUGUGGAUUGUCCAAACAACGGCCUGGAUUUGGCUGGCAGAUGCCCAUGGUGUCAGCGACCGAAUCAUGCUCCAAUUUUCCAAGGAAAGGGCUUCAAUUAAGUGCUAUGGGACGACAGAUGGAUUGAUGAUGGAAAAGAAUGGGUUCACGCAAGGCAGUCCAUGUUCUCUAUAUUCACCACUGGAGCUUCACCGGGGCUUAGACUUGAUACAUCUUUUUCGUAAAGCAUACCUAUUCUGGCCUCAAUGAGCUACUUUUCUUCCGUUCUAGGGCAAGGAUCAACGCGGGUGUGCUCAUCAGGUGGGGUUCGAAAGUGUAGAGAACAUCAAACAGCACCCGUAAAUAGAUACCGCGGCACGUCGCUAACAACACGCACCUAAGCCACUGCGGCUCUUCGGAAAACGAGAUGGUUCUACUAUUAGUGACGCGUAUGCCUUGCCAAUGUGCGGCCCGCAGCGUCAGGCUCUUUUUCCACAGCACUGCCAUUAAG